AUGCCGGACACCAAAGACAAAUCUAAGGUUCAUAAGCUAUCCAUCAGAGGAUCGGCCAAGCUGGUAUCUGAAUUCUUUGAAUACUCUAUCAACUCGAUUCUAUUCCAGCGCGGUGUCUAUCCUCCAGAGGACUUCACAACUGUUAAGAAAUAUGGACUCAACAUGCUCGUCUCGGCCGAUGAUCAAGUCAAGGCGUAUAUCAAGAAGAUCAUGUCUCAGUUGAACAAAUGGAUGGCGGGGGGCAAAAUCUCGAAAUUGGUUAUUGUCAUCACCGACAAAGAGACCGGAGAGCAUGUCGAACGCUGGCAGUUCGACGUGGAAAUCUUUGGCAAAGGCUCUCGAACCCAGAGUUCUCGAAAGGCCGGGGACAAGGAGAAUGCAACUCCCGGUGAAAACAGUGCGGAGGCCUCCGAGCCAGUUGAGAAAACCGAAAAGGAGAUUCAGGAGGAAAUCCAGUCGAUCUUCCGACAAAUCACUGCCUCUGUCACAUUCCUUCCAGUCCUCGACGGUGACUGCACUUUCAACGUGCUCGUCUAUGCGGACGCCGACUCCGACGUCCCAGUCGAAUGGGGUGACAGCGAUGCAAAAGAGAUCAAGAAUGCAGAAAAGGUCCAACUGCGAAGUUUCAGCACCAAUAACCAUCGAGUCGGCACACUCGUCAGUUAUCGGUUGGCGGAUUAA